GUUUCUCUGGGACUUCUGCAUGCCCAUGCCACACAUAUCUUGUGGCCUCCAGAGCGCUGGCAGAGACUGAAAUCUGUGCUUCCUCCAGAGCGAUUCCCAGUCCCUACCAGUGAGGAGUGACUGCCUGAGAAGCCCAUCAUACGAGGAGCUGCAGACACCAGAAGCCUCCUACCAAAGAGAGAUGCUCCAAUGAUGCAGAGCAAGAGACCUCUAUGUAUCUUUAAGGUGAUCUAGAAUUUCAAAGAAAGACUUUCAAUAUUAAACAGUAUUAAAUGACAA